AUGGAAAGGGAAAAAAAGAAUAAGGCCACCCAACCAAGGUCCAGACAUACACAGAUUAUGUUUGUGAAGGAAGGUGAGACACCAACAUCCGCAUCACUGCAGAGAACUUCCAGAAUUCUUUGUCAGGCAGGAGACUGGAAGCUGGCAGUAGAACUUAAUCAGAGACUUACCUUUCCGGACAUUGUACCAACCAACCUUCGGCCGGAUAUGGUUCUUUGGUUGUCAACGACAAGAAUGGUCAUUAUCAUAGAACUAACAGUUCCAUGGGUGGAAAGGUGCAGUGAAGCACUUGAACGGAAGAGAGGAAAGUACGAAGCAUUGCUGAUGGAGUGCAGGGAGAAAGGGUGGCAGACUUGCAGCUUUCCGGUCGAGGUGGGAUGCAGGGGCUUCCCGCACAGUCUGUGUGGAGAAUGCUAG